CUAGAACAUUCCGUCUCCCAUCUUCUUUUGCCCAAGAGGAACAACCCUAGAGAAUUCACAGUCACCUCCGAGAGAAAUGAUGAAGCGUCUGGUGCCAACGUUCAACCGCAUCCUGGUGAAGAGAGUAAUCCAGCCUGCGAAAACCGAAAGCGGCAUCCUCCUUCCAGAGAAAGCCUCCUCUCUGAACUCGGGAAAGGUGAUAGCAGUGGGACCUGGUUCAAGGGAUAAGGACGGGAAUUUGAUUCCGGUCUCUGUCAAGGAAGGCGACACCGUUCUUCUUCCAGAGUACGGUGGUACUCAGGUCAAACUCGGCGAUAACGAGUACCAUCUCUUCCGGGAUGAGGACGUCUUGGGAACCUUGCACGAGGAUUGACAAGGCUAAAACUCAACUACGAGCGUUCCUUUGUCUUGUGGGUGAAAAAGAGUCACUUUUCUUUUUUAUCUUUUUAUAUGAUGUUGGACUCUGUUGAUUAUCAUUGAAAUUUAGACAUCAAUCAUAAACGAUGCAUCUUUUAAUAAAAUAAAGCUCAUUUCAGUGCA